CGUCCAUGCGACUUCUAAAAGGACCCUGCUAGAAUUUUCGAAAAUAAUCCGACAAGUUCUGCUAGAUUACCUACCAGGUUUUAUAUUAAAGCUUUGCACAUCGAGUUCCAUAAGGAGGAUUCUGUACAUAUUCGUUACAAGUGAUAUUAUUUAACUAACAGGACAAUGUCCAGUGGAGAGACUGCAUGCCACUGUUACAAUCGCGGCUGUGGAAAGCAAUUCAAUCCUGACAAGAACAAUGACGGUGACUGCAUCUAUCAUCCUGGAGAACCUGUCUUUCAUGAUGCCUAUAAAGGAUGGUCGUGUUGUAACAAAAAAUGUACAGACUUUACUGAAUUUUUAAAUAUAAAGGGUUGUACAAAAGGACCGCAUUCCAAUAUUAAACCGCCGGAACCAGAAAAACGUGUAAUAGAUAAAUCGGAGGCUGACAAAGUAGUAACAGUAAAUGUGCAACCCCUUAAAGAAAGAGCAGCAUUGGAGAGACCUCCUUUCGACUCUCCUCAGGUGACUCUCACUCCCACAGUGUCUUCAUCUUUGUUACAACAAAUCGAAGGUCUUACUUCCCAGCCAGUGGAAGUAAAUACUGACACCAAAGUAUCUAUCGGAGAAAGUUGUAAAAAUAAUUCUUGUAAAGCUACAUAUCAAGGAUCAACUUCCGACGAAGAGGAUUGCAAACAUCAUCCUGGUGUUCCAAUUUUUCAUGAAGGUCUUAAAUAUUGGUCUUGUUGCCAAAAGAAAACAACUGAUUUUUCUGUAUUCUUAGAACAGACAGGUUGUAGUUCAGGAAAACAUGUUUGGAUUAACAAGAUAUCCAAGAAGACCAUUCAAUGUAGAUUAGAUUGGCAUCAGACUGGAUCUUUUGUAGUCGUUUCAAUUUAUGCAAAAAAGUAUCAACCCAGUCAAUCUUCUAUUAAACUGAAUCCUAUACGACUAUCUAUAGACUUGUUCUUUUUAGAGGAAAAUUCUAGAUAUGUCAAUGAUCUAGAAUUAAGAGGAAUAGUAAAUGUUGCAGAGAGCAGUGUAUCAAUGCUACCUACUAAAGUAGAGAUCAAAUUGAAGAAAGCCGAACCUGGUUCUUGGUCCAAACUAGAUUUUCCACGACCCAGUACUGUAACUGCUGACUCAAACACUACUAAGGAUGACGAUUCUAUUAGUGCAAAAGUGGAAGCUGUGGACUUAGAUGAUAUUUAAGCAGUCCAUAAUUUAUAUGCUGGACAUUGCAUUGUGAGUGGAAAAAAUAAAUUGAGAGUUUAAUUUGUGAAUAGUUAAAAAUUAGCAUCAAAAUGUUUUUCCCCUGGUGACUUUAUGAUUAUUACUGUAAUUAACACUUGUUUUACUAUCAAGUAUUCUUGUGUUUGCCAUUUCAUAAUUGUUUUCAACCGUAUACAAUGUGAAUGAUUAAAAUAUAAAAUCAAUGACUUGUGUGUACAUCAUUAAUGAUACAAAAUUGUAAAAUAUUUUUUAUUCUAAUAAUGAUAUGCACAAUUAUUGUGUAAGAAUUAAAAUAUAUAUCGACACCGAA